AUGGACGUCGAAUGUCAAUGCGCCACAGUGACGUUCAAGACGCCGACCCUCGAGCCCAUCGACGUGUACUGCUGCCACUGUUCUCAAUGCCGCAGGCAAUCAUCGUCAGCAUUCGGCACUUCCGCCAUCUUCCCAGCCGAGGGCCUCUUCCCACUGUCCAAUGAGCUCAAAGAAAAGUUGCAAAUCUGGACGCGACCGACCAAGAGCGGUGGGCAGAUGGAUUGCUACCUCUGUCGCGUAUGCGGGUGUCGCCUGUUCCACCGCAUCCGCAACAUAGAUGGGACGUUGAAACCGACCGUUAGCAUCAAAGGGGGAUCAGUCAUUGGGCUCAAGCUCGACAAGGGAAAGCAUAUAUGGACCAAUAGCGCCGUGGUUGAUAUACCUGAGCCUAAUGAGAGCUGGCCUGAGUCGCCUUUUAUGAUGCCGGGUGAGCAAUAG